AUGAAUAUUCCGGAGGCGGCGGGCAAGGCGUGGCACAAUGCGCUGAAUGGCCGACGAGACGAGCAGGGGCUGCUGGCAAACGACGUCCUUGAGAAUGAAUUAAUGGGACGUGGUAACUCUUCUUCAUGCGAAUUCAAUCCGUUCAAUUCAACUCCCAAUUGGCCACCCCAACCGGCUCAACCGGCGGCAUCGACAGUGGCAUCGGCAUCGAUGGCGGAGUCGUCGACGAGUCGCCUGAGCACGGCCGACCCUGAAAAGGACGCCCGCAACGUGUUCCCAGCUCCGUAUGGCCAUCCCUACGGGUACCCGAUGCCCUACGGAUAUCCAAUGAUGCCCCCGGAAUUUUGGCAGGGCCAUCAAAAUCAACCGCUUCCGCUCGCCUACCCACCAAUUCCCGUGCCGUUCCACAUGAUCCCACCGGGGGCCAUCCCAAUACCGCCACCAUCGAUGACCUCAUCCACCUCUGAAAACGGGCCCCCGCCAACACAGCAGCCCAACCAGGCGGCACCCGGGUAUCCGCACGACUACUGGGCCCAUUACUACAGUCAGAUGCCAAUGUGGCGACCGGAGAUGCUUCCUGGCGCCAUCCCGACGGCAAUGUCAAUGUCUACAACGUCGACCGGGAUUCCGGAAGCGCCCUCGGCGGCCGAUUCUGGCAGGCGUCGCUUGGCUACGGCCGUCGUCUAUCCGCUUGCCGCUACUUUGCCAACAACCGCGCUGAUUUUGCCGGCCGAGAAUGGGAAGGGGAGCGGCCAGCCGUCUCCAGUGCAAUGUAGCGCGCCUCAAACUACCGAGGGAUCCAGGCCCAGAACCUCCACGUCUGACUCGAAUCAGUCUGACGCCUACAUCACCGAACAGGUCGAACUCCGACGGCGGCUCGAAAAAGAAGCCGAAGAGCAAGCCCGAGAAGAGGAGGAGCGCAUUCGGCGUGACCGCGAGCGAAAGGAGCGCGAACAGCAGCAGUGGGAGGCGAAGCAAGAGGAGGCCAAACGCGAGCGCCUCCGGGACAAGGAACGCGCCGAGCUGCAGCUCCAACUCUCGAUCGAAAAGGCGAAGAAGGAGGCCGAGCUGACGAAGCGUGCCAAGCUUUACCGGCACGUCCUUGAAGGCAAUCCGGAGCAAGAGCGGGCGUUGCUUGGUGAGGACGGCGAGAAAUAUCUCAAAGAGGUAUCCCAAAUGGAGCGCCAGCGCCACAUCGACCUCGAGCAGCUCGCUCAAGCAAGGACACCGACGAAGAAAGAUGCGGAAAAAUCCGAGCGCAGCGCGCAUUCCGAUGAUCGCCCCAUCCGGCCGGCAACCAACCUGCGAGACCACUCGAGCGAGCCGAUCAAGCGGAGCACAGCCACCCGCUCCUCGAUGCGUGCCCCCUCCACCCAGAAGCGCCCAUCGGUCGUGCGCAGGAGCAACAGCUCGGAGAGAAACUCUCGCCCGCCCAGCUCCUCGGCCACUGAUGAGCCGUCGGCUCGUCCCGUUCGCCCCUCGAUUCUGAAGAAGCCUCCGCUUGCUGCGCCGGCGCGUGUCGAGCCGCCACCUCCACCGCGAGCGGAACUUCCGGAGCCGGUCAUUAUGGCUGUCGAGGUGGAGGUGGAAGUCGAGGUGCCGACAACGUCAAGUGCGUUUUGGAUGAAUAAAGAUGGCUGGUGUUCAAAUCCGACUGUUCUUCGUUCCAUUGUAAACUUU